GCUCAAAGGGCAGACCUUCCCAACAGAGAAGCUAAAAGCCUGCUCCAAAUGGAUCUCCUUGGAACAAAUCUGGCCAUGCCCUCCAAAUGGAGGCUGUGCCCAAAGAAAAGAGUGCUCAAGAAAAACCCUCCUAGCCAGAGAGUGUUCCAAAUGGAGGAGGUUUUUGGACAGAAGUCUGGGAUGGAGGAGAUACCCUGGAAUAAAAAAGAGGGGUGCCUGGUCCCUGUGCCCUGUGAGGGCAUGGGCACCCUUUGGGUGACCCUCUCCCAGCCUCAGAGUGGCCAAGAAAAGGACUUGAGUGGCCCCAACGUCUUUACGCAGAGAUGCAGGAAAGGAUGCUCUGGAUAGAUGGAGGCAGAGAAGGAGGAGGGCUUUCUCUCUCUCUCUCUCUUGCCUGGGAGGGACUACAAAUCCCAUGAUGCCUUGUGGGCAGGGAGCAGUGCCUCCUCCAGCAGGGUGAGGCUGGAGAGGCUGCCCUGGGGCUGCCUGGGGGGGUCCAAAGGGGGAUCCUUUGACAUCUCCAAGGCGCAAAGCAAAGGCGCAGAGCUGGACCUUGCCUCCUUUCCUGCUUCUUCUUCCUCCUCCUUCUCUUUGCCAGGCUGCUGCUGCUGCUGCAAAGGUGCCAGGGCUCCCCUUCCUCCUGGAGGGGUCCAUGCAGCCCCAGCCCCCCCAAGGCCUCGCCCCAUCGGUGCCCCCAGGAUGAUGCCAGCCGGUGGCCCCACCUUGGAGAGCCGGUACCCACUGCAUGCCCUGGUUUGGCACGACCAGCCCCACCAGUUGGAGAGGAUGCUCAGCUCCCAGCAGGUGGAUAUUGAGCUCCUCGAUCCAAGGGGGCGCACCCCUUUGCACCUAGCGACCACCUUGGGACACCUGGAGUGCGCCCGUGUCCUUCUACGGCACGGCGCCGAUGUGGCCAAAGAAAACCGGAGCGGAUGGACAGUCCUGCAAGAGGCAGUGAGCACGCGAGAUCUGGAGCUGGUCCAACUGGUGCUGCGUUAUCGCGACUACCAGCGCGCCAUCAAGCGCCUGGCCGGCAUCCCGAUCUUGCUGGAGAAACUGCGCAAGGCACAAGAUUUCUAUGUGGAGAUGAAAUGGGAGUUUACUAGUUGGGUGCCUUUGGUCUCCAAGAUCUGCCCCAGCGAUACGUACAAGGUCUGGAAGUGUGGACAGAACCUGCGGGUGGAUACCACCUUGCUGGGGUUCGAUCACAUGACGUGGCAGCGUGGUAACCGGAGCUUCAUCUUUCGGGGUCAAGAUACCAGUGCGGUGGUGAUGGAAAUCGACCACGACCGGCGGGUGGUUUACUCCGAAACCCUGGCCCUGGCUGCCCACGACCGGGAAGGUAUCCUGGCCGCAGUCCAGCCCACGGAAGAGCAAGUGAUGGGGCGCCUCAUGGCUCCCGUGGUGACCACGCAACUGGACACGAGGAACAUUGCCUUUGAGAGGAACAAGACGGGUAUUUUGGGCUGGAAGAGCGAGAAGACGGAGGUGGUGAACGGGUAUGAGGCCAAGGUAUAUGGGGCUUCCAACGUAGAGCUCAUCACGCGAACGCGGACAGAGCAUCUUUCCGAACAGCACAAAAGCAAGACCAAAGGUAUGUUCUCUUUACAUGUGGGAAAACCCCCCCUCCAGUCAUUCCUGGGCAUUGCUGAACAACAUGUGGGUCCCAACAAUGGGGCUCUCAUUACGCAGACGCUAAGCCGCGCCAACCCGACUGCCAUCACUCCGGAGGAAUACUUCAAUCCAAGCUUCGAACUGGGCAGUAGGGAUAUGGGGCGGCCCAUAGAGCUGACCACCAAGACCCAGAAGUUCAAAGCCAAGUUGUGGCUGUGCGAAGACCAUCCGCUCUCGCUGUCUGAACAGGUUGGGCCCAUCAUCGAUUUAAUGGCCGUCAGCAAUGCCCUCUUUGCCAAACUACGGGAUUUCAUCACCCUCCGCCUGCCGCCAGGUUUCCCCGUCAAGAUUGAAAUCCCCAUCUUCCACAUCCUCAAUGCCCGCAUCACCUUUGGGAACCUCAACGGCUGCGACGAGGCGGUGGUCUCAGUCCGGGGGACCGGAAGUCCUGGGAGUGAUGCUCCUUCGCCCGCCAGCGAUCGCUCCAGCAUCAGCAGCUCCAGCUCUGUGGGUUCGUGCCGGUGCUAUGAGAUGGACCCCUCGCUCUUUGAGCCGCCCCGCGGGUACAGUGUGGUGGGCAGCCACCCAGAGCCACUGCGAGAAGAUGAUGAUGACCUCCUGCAGUUCGCCAUCCAACAGAGCUUGCUGGAAGCUGGGACCGAGUAUGACCAGGUAACCAUUUGGGAGGCCUUGACUAAUAGCAAACCGGGCACGAUACCCAUGCCUCCGGAGGGGCGCCGAGUCGACAGGACCCCCCAGCACACACCGCCGCCGCGGCCGGCGACUCCCCAGCGGCCGUCUCCUUCUGUGGACAGAGGGCCACCGAGUCACGUGCUGCCCAGUUACGCCGAGCAACUGCGCCUGGCGAUGGAGCUGUCGGCGAAAGAGCAAGAGGAGUCGGAGCGGCGUUCGCGGCAGGAAGAGGAGGACUUGGCCCGGAUCCUGCGCCUCUCGCUCACUGAACAGUAGCCCAACCCUGCCCUGACUUGCGUGGGAUUUCGGGGAGGGGGGGGCACUCAUGCACAAUGCCCUGGCAGACCUUUGGGAAGGGGCGCGAAAGGUGACGGACUGUGCCCCCCCGAUCCCCCUCCCUGGUGCCACAUGAAUUUACACUUGCCAGGGAGGAUAUGGACUUGGACGGGUGACCAUUUGGGAAAAGGGUGGAGGGUGGUAAGACGCCAUUUGGGGAGGGCAGAAUUUAUUCCACCCCCCCAAUUCUGAGCCAUUUGAACUCUCCUUCCCCAGGAGGCAGGUAAGUCUUCAUUGACCUGAGGUUUGCACAUUUGGGGUGGGCUUCCUUCCCUCUUCCAAUGUCCCCUCCGCGGUGGAAACACUUUUGGGGCCAAGGCGUCACAUCUCACCCUCCUUUACUCCUGUCCCAUUUCCCUUCUCUUCAGACCUUUUGCAGUUUCCUUCGGUCCCUUGGGAUUAACCUGGUUAAAUCGGGAUUACUUUGAUACGGAACCAGGAGACUGUCAUUACAUUUGGAUUAAUAUGAUCCGAAUCCAGGAGGCAGUAGUUAAUUCUGGUUUGAUGAAGCACAGAUCCAGAAGGCACAAGACACACACAGAGAAACACACACAGAGGCAGUGGUUCAUUCUGGACAAAAUCUAGCACAAACACAAUAGUUAACUGGGAAGCAUCUUAAUUUAGAUCCAUCUGGGAGGCCGUUUUUAAUUCUGGGUUGAUUUAUCAUAGAAGCAGGAUAGACCCAGAAGGCAGGGGCGAAUUCUGGAUUGAUUCCACAUCUCUUGCAGGCAGAACCAGGAGGCUCUAGUUUAUUCUUGAUGAAAGAACAAAAGGAUAUUUUGGAAACGAGUUACUUUUUUGGACUACAGCUCCCAGAACUACCCUGUUGGCCACACUGGCCAAAGGGUUCAACAUUUUGGGGUUAAAACAGACAAAAAGUUGCCAAGCUCUUUUUAAGCAACAACUGUCUCUUGGGUCUAAUUUGAUGCAGAAUCAGUCAAGAGACAAACCAAGGAGCUGGGCAUUAAUUCUGGAUUAACUUGACAUGGGAUGCGUAGGGAGCAAUCUUGCGCCGGUAGUAUUUGCCUGGUUGGUACUCUCCUCCCAUCAUAGACAAAGCAUAUUCCCCUGCCGCACAAAGUGCACUUAAACCCCCUCCAAAAAGGCCGUAGGUCUCCGCCUGCCACUUAACACUCACUAGUUUGGCCUUGUUUCCAUAAUACCUUUUGCCUGAUGUGUAAUGUGGCCUCCAAAGCCCCCAAGUCUGGGACCGUUUUUCCACCUUAACCUAUGUGCCAUUUCAGAGGUGGGCCUGUUAGGCCACCAUGCAACCUGAAGAAAGCGAUUGCUCCUUCUGCGGUGUGCCAUCAGGUGUGCACUAGAAGCGGGGAGUCUGCCCAAACCCAUGCCCACGUUGCCCACCCAGACCCACCUCCCUUAACACGACGGCCGCUCUUCUUGUGUUCUUGCUCCUGGUCCCACUCUUCCUUACAAAAUAGCCCUCUCUGCCACAGUGCUGUCCUCUUGCACGCCUGAAGUCAUCACAACCCCAUUGUUCAAUGGUGCUAACCUCCACAAAACUCCACUCUCCUUGCCCAAAAUUUGUGCCAGGCUGCAGCACAGAGUUAGUGGCAGCGGCGGCGAUGGCGGGGAGUGAAGGUGCCUCUUUCUCCCCCACAACCCUUGUUCUCAGAGUCCCCCCACACCAAGAGGAUGAUGAUGAUGAUGAUGCUUUUUCCUAAUUUUUGGAGGGCUGGGACAGAACUGGAGCAGCUGCAAAGGGCGAGUGGGUCGGGUUGUCUUCCACCUCUCCAAAACAACGUACAUGUGCCAGGGGGAGGCUGUGGGUUUGCAAGGGGGGACCACCGCAACCAGCCGGCUCAGGUGUGUUACCUGCACAGAGACACCAAUGAAAACC